AUGGACAACGCGGAGUGGAAGAAGCGGCUGUCGGAGUUGCAGUACAAGAUCUUGCGAGAAGCGGACACCGAAGACCCGUGGACCGGAGCAUACCUCAAGGUCAAGACAGCGGGCGUGUAUCACUGCGCCGCCUGUAACAACCCACUGUUCGCGUCGGGCACGAAGUUCAACUCGAAGACCGGGUGGCCUUCGUUCUGGCAACCCGUGCAUCCCGAGCGCGUGAUCACGCGCCCGGACCCUCGCUACAACAUGGAGCGCACCGAGGUCCUGUGCGCCCAUUGCGAUGGGCACCUGGGGCAUGUUUUCAAUGAUGGGCCGCAACCGACAGGGUUGCGUUACUGCGUCAACUCCGUGGCGCUCUAUCUGAGGCCCUCGAAGGACGCGACUGAUCGCCCCUGA